AUGGUUUCGAAAAUUACGCGAGCUGCUACUGCAGCAGCAAGAAGAUCGGCUGCACGCAUGCGUGCGGCCGUGGAAAGUGCCUCUCACACCUCAGCAGCAGGUGAUUCAUUGCCUGUUGUCGUGAACACUCCACGUGGUGAGUCACCACGUGCUAAAGAUACAUCCGCUGCGUCUGCAGCGGGUACCUCGGGUCGUAAUCGAGACGAGGCUGAGAUCGAGCUCAUCUAUUUUGGCGAGUCGGAUGAUGCAUCCGACUCGAAGGUUACACCUUACGCCUCCGAUAUACCCGGGGCGGACACUUCAAGAGACAAAUUGACUGGCUCUGGCCAACGUGGCGGCAUCAUGCUCGAGAUCUUCGGAUCGAGCGUUUUUCGAUGA